GUGGAAAGUCUGUUGACCUCUUCUUAGUCAUAUCUUGCAAGAAAGAAAAUCUUUCAGAAGAUAAAGUUAGAGAAUUAAAAGAUGCAAUUGAACAAGGUGCCUUUAAGUCUUUUGUCAAAACCUCAGCUGAACAUUCAACCAUACAAGACCAACCCUGCAUUUCUUAUCUACAAUCAAGUGAAAAUGAAUCUGACGCAGAUACAACAGUUGUACGAUUUCAGUUUCCCAAGGACCAGAAGGAGAAAUUCAUUACAGACAAGUUACAGAAGUGUGCCCUUAACAAAGAUAAGUGGUUGAUUGACAGUGGAGUUGUCCAGCUUAAAGUGAAUGGCCAGUCGUCAAUCAAUUUAAAGGAAUCAUUGGAAUUUAAGAUGAAGGAUGUUGAAGAUGAUUUCUAUUUAGCAAGAAAGCCAGAACUUCAAUACCAUACCAAAAAUGUUGUUGAUAUCAUUCUGGUUGUGGAAAUGCCUCACUCUGUCAUACCACAUGCUUGUAAGGAAGUCAUGAAUGUGUGUCAGUCUGCUGUGAAUGACCUCUCAAAGACUAGUGACUUUGACGUAAACUUGGCAAUCAUUCAGUAUGGCAACCAUACUGACUCAACAUCGAACCAUGUCCAUGUUGUGCAAGGUUUUUGCAAAGAGUUUGAUGUGAAAUCAAAGCUUAUAAGUAUUGGCCAGUGUGGAUCAAAGCGUGGUGGGAAUUCUGGCAUGGCAGAUGCUUUGGACAAGGUGGCUGAACUUGCAGAGAGUAGUUCAGCCCGCCCAAAUGCCUCUAAAUGCUGUAUUUUGAUAACCUUUCCUACAAAAACCAAGAAUCUGGACCAUUAUAGGAGUUAUAAUCAAUGUGAUAUCGUUAAAGUCACCAACAUUCUGGCCAGUUGUCAAAUUCCACUCUACAUCAUUGGCGCAGAUGAUAAAAAACACACCCUACCAGGUCCAAGUCUUUACUUUGAAGAGUUGUUCUUGUCUGGAGUUUCUCAUAUUGGAGGUGGACGGUAUAUCAGUAUUAUAUAUGAAGGAGAAACUGCUAUCAAGCUUAUUGGUGAUAUCGUAAAGCACGAGGUGUCCAUUGAAAACGAGGAAGAAACUGUUGGUGAGCUCGUGAAGGAUGCCCUAAACCACCAUUUUGGGGACACGAACGAAAAGCGACUCGCCGAAGAUGUCCUGGGGAAUAGUCGUUUCAAUUCGUCCAUGUACGUGCAACUACUGCAAAAUGGUCGAUCUUUGGAGCUGAUAGACCAGGUCGCCAAUCGGAUCGUUUACGCUGAUGAUCUUGAUGAUGCAAUCGAAGCAUUGGAAGACAUGAAAAAGAAGCAAAGAGAGCAAGCUGUUGGAAAUACAAGAGGUUCCGCAGCGGCCCCAAUGCUGCUGAAGUUCCCUGCGAUGUAUGGAGAUGAAUUUUGCUCUGGGAGUAUACAUGACGUGAAAACGUCCACGCGAGGUCUCAACCUUAGCUCUCACGAAAAGCUAGAUGUUGGAAAACUUGCCAAAGAUGUGCAGGAUAAAGUAGUAUUGGUAAAAAGCAAUCGCACUGCUGAUUUAGAGAUGGCUACGCGAAUGGUAAGGCGCCAUUUGUAUAGGAUGGCUUACUACAAGAAAAAACCUUGAACACUUUCGACUAUUCAUGGAUUGCACCGGCAUUGCAUUUAUGGCGCAAUAAAAAUUUGGUAGCGACUUUAGAAUAUCCUGUUUCUAACUCAAUAGAAAUUUGCCUUUAGGCUCUAUCUUUCCAAUUAAAUAGAAUUUUAAUGACAUUCAUAAAGACGGGGUAUUCAAGUUGAAAUGUUUCAAACUUAACUUUAAUUCGAACUAUUUUGAUGUUGGUAAUGACGUUCCGUCGAAGUACGAUGCUGCAGCAUUGCCGGACCGAAAUGCAGUAUGGGAUUGGAAAAAGUACAAAUAAGGUCAUGGCAUGUUGCUGGUUUUUGUUCGUUUUUUUCUGCUCUUUCAGGUUGUUUUUCGAAAAUAAAGUAUUUAGCUAUUUACCAGACAGGCCUCUCAACUUGUCGUACAAUAAAGUGCGUCAUUCAAUGCUCUUCUAGAGGCCGACGACACAACCAUCACAUGCGAUCUGCGCAAGUCAUCAAACUUCGAAAUUUGAUUGGAUUAUUGAUCGGAUUUUCAUAAAGCCUUCUUCGUAUUUCUUUUGUAAACAUGCUGGUCUUUUGUAAUUUCCACAAGUCGAUGCAUUGUAAUGCUGUCUGUUAAUUUGGUUGGAUCUGUUCCUUCUCGUGAGAAAGGAAUGACGGUCUCAAAAAGCUGGAAAUGCUGUGUUGUUAUUCUGUCAUCAGAGUUCGAGAUUUGAAUUUAAUUUUGCAUUAAUCAACUGAAGUUUGAAAACGAAAAUUAAAAUGAAAAAUCCAAUAAUGCAUUGAAUAACGAGCUAUUCGGGGGCGCGCUUCAUGUCUUUUGAAUGUAAGCAAACGUUUUAAAUCCCGUCUAAUUCGGCCUUGAGAGAUUUUCGACCUUUCACUGGAAAAGUUGAUAAAUAUACAUAAUCUGUUAAUUUACUGUAAAUUACUCAAAUUUAAAGACAAAGUGUCCUUUCACAAACUUAGUAAAUUGAUUUUACAAGAUAUUUACAAUGUUUGAUCGACCAAAAGAUAUUUCCAAAAUGACAUAAAAUUUACAACGCUUGUAAAAGGACAUUUUGUCUGUAAAUUGAACUUACAGUAUAAUUUUAUUCACAAACUCUGUAAACUACUGAGCUUUUUCCAGUAUUUAGCUGAAAGAAAACUUCGUCCUCCAUAUUUUUUAUAAGCCAUCCGCCAUCUUGAUACUUCCAUCAGUUCCAUGAUGCAUUUCGGCAAACCAAACAUGACGUCAUUAGAUCAAAAGAGCAGCGGAGGAGGUGGACUCGAGGAGCCCUUAAUGGGAACCUAAGGAAAGAGGUUCUACUCGCCUCAUAAAGUAGUAGAUGAUUAAGUUAGAAUUUUUAAUAAUUUCAAUUAACUGGAACUCGCGUUUCUGGAUAUUAUAACAUAAUAGAAAUCUGCAGCGACGCCAUUUUGGAAAUUAAUGCUUGAUGGGAGUUUCAGUCAUGACCGUACAUUUUUCAUGUCCCCAAAUAUACUCCUAGUACGCCUUUUUCUCGUUCAAAGCGAGCAACCGCUGCUUUAGUGCACAACAGUCUCUCAUGCGCAGAGACCUGACCAAAAACAAAAGAAAAAGCACGAAAAAAAUGUUUUCAUUAUGAUAGCUCUAUAAAUUUGCGUUUUCUCCGAAGCCUGUAUUACAAGAAAGCUCAAACUCUAAAGCGGCGUUUACACGAGCAAUUUUUCCUUGAAAAGUUUUCCUUGAGAAGGAGAAAUUGCUCGUCUAAAUGGGGUAAAAUGCGGUAAAAUGGACAAUUUUUCCUUGUCAAUUAAAAGCCAACAUGUUCGCUUUUCCUUGACAAGGAAAAAUUGUCAAGGACGAAAUUUGCUCUUGUAAAUGGACAACAAGAAACUGGUCAAGGAAAAAUUGCUCGUGUAAACGCCGCUUAAGUCUUGUGGAAUACAGGCUUAUCCUCGGAGCAGAUUCAAAUUUCUAGAGCUAUUGUAAUGUCAACAUUUUGUCGUGCUUUCUUUUAUUCUCUAUGCAAGUGAGUCCGUAGUGUAAUAAAACAGCGGUCGCUCUCAUUGAACGGGAAAAAAGCUGAUACAUUUUUUUCUUCUUUGCAAAAAUGGCUGUGCCGUUUUUACACCAAAAACAAAACGGCUUUUGUGAGACAGUCGAAGAGUGCGAGACUAGCAUCAUGGCUUACAAAAUGGCGUCGCUGCACAUUGCAAAUUUAUUCUACGUUGUUAGGCUUUCUUAAAAUUCACGGACCAUUAUCUGGUAUAACAAGAGUUUUUUAAAGCAUAAAGAUUAUUGUAACUGCUGCAUGGAAAAUUAUUUUGUUGUACAUGUAGUUAAGUUUCUUGUUAAACACAAUUUUACUAAUUCAGGGCCACAAUUAUAUUGCAUGUUGUUACCAAGUAUUAAACAAGAGAAUGAAGUCAUU